AUGACAAAAAAGUUGACAGAGGAGGAAAAGCAGCGACGCAAGCCCACAACCCGGGCUUGUGUAUUUUGUCAUUCCAAACACCUCCAAUGUGAUUCUAUCCGUCCGUGCACGAAUUGCACCAAGAGAGGCCACCAGGAAACGUGCACAGACAUUGUGCGCAGAAAAAACAAAUACUUGGCCGUGGAAGGGGAGAAGCCCAAGAAAGUCACUAAACCCAAAACAAAGAAACCCAAGGUGGACUUUGUAGAUCCCGUUUCCAACACCACCACGCCUUCUGUGGUGAACUCCCCCCAGACAAACGAGGGGCUGCCGAUGGCUGCUAUCAUUGGGGGUGCCAUGGGCAAGUUCUCGUAUGUGGGAGUGAGCCCCAGCCAGAUCUCUGACCUACCAGCCGGGAAUACAAAUAUGAAUGCAGACCCGAUGUUUAGUACAAGUCCGAUGGUAGACUCUAGUGCAAUCGGCAAUACAGGCCCCUUAGUUGAUGCUACGAUGAACGUGGAUGAAAAUCACAGCACAAAUGGCCACACACGCCUGGCACCGAAUGGGCCAGAUACCUCUCCCAGACUAUCAUUCCUGGCACGCUCCAUGAAACCCACGCUCCUGGGCCUCCCCUCUUCGAUGAAGAACAGUCCCCAGGCGAGCCCGGGACAGAUGUUUGCUCACCUCAACCCGGCGCUGACCGCGUCCACGCCGCACUCCGACUCCCAGUACUCCAACUUGCCCUUCGACUCGAUCUUCACUAACCAGGAGUACGCACAGCUCACAGACCUCAUCCUCAAAACGCGUCCGUCGUCGCCCUCUUCCUCGGAAACUGACGUGCUCCAGCCGUACGUGAGCAACAUCGAUAACACCACCUUCCCACCCAAGCCGCGCAAGGCCAUGUUUGAGCUAGGCGGCAGCCCCGUGUCGCUGUCCAACCGCAGAACAUUCAUCUCUCUUGCGGAUAUUGAGACAAUCCUGCCCGAUGACCAGGAAGAAGAAGAAGACCCCAGUGUGCGUUUGUUGCAUUCGCUCGCACCUCCCCACGAAGAAGGCAUGAGAAAAAACAAGCUGAGCAUCAACAUAUCCGGGAGCACGGUGAGCACGGCCUACCACGAAAACAAACCCCUGCUGCUCCCGUGGAAGUUGGAGUCCAAGUACGUUCCACCGGAUGUGUACCGUCAAAUCGUCAAAACGCCCCAGGACUUGUACCGUCUCCAGACGUCACCGUUUGAGUAUCCGGCUUCGUAUCAUGCGUUGACGUCUUACUUGAAGCGCCGCUUCCUCAAUGAGUACUACGCCAGAGGGGAAAUCGAGCUGGGGAAACAGAAGCUCAUCAUGAUCAUCCGCAACAUCGCCACGUAUAGGCCCACGUUCAUCUCCACCUACAAGAACCUCAUCCUUGACGACUUUAUCUACCAGGAGAUGUCGCUUCAGCGGUCGCUUCUUGAUUACGAGUCCUUCUCCAGGCUCCUUGGCUUGCCCACGUUGUAUUGGCGGCGUACAGGCGAGUUGUGCGGGAUGUCACUGGAGUUCUCGUCGUUGACGGGCUGGUUCAUGCGCAACUUGUACAAGAACGAGGACGGCACCAGUUCGCGCACACGCCGCUUCAUCUUCGAGAUGAUGGAUGACGACUCCAUCGUAAACUACUUUGAGCUCUUCAAGGGCGUCGCGGUGGGCAAUUUGAGCACCCAGAUCAAGACCCAGUGCUGUAUCUUGAAGGCCCCGGGCUUCCAAAUCGGUGGCGCUAACAAUAAGUACAAUCAGUCGAACCUUAGGUUAAACGAGGAGGACCAUGAAUCGCGCAAAAUCAUGUGCCAGUCGGUGUGGACCAUCAAGCGCGACUUAUUUGACUUGCCGAUGUUGAUGGUGGGAGUCUUCUUGCCGAUCUUGCCCGGAAGUAAGAAUGAAAUCAAGAAGAGUACGUCCUGGCUGCGGUUCAAAUGA